CCUCCUCUCUGCCCCCGGCAGCCUCGCCAUGUUGUCCGGCUAAGCCUGCUGACAAAGUUUCCUGAUUUUAUUCAACAGUACGUUUGUUGGCGCCGGUGACAGCUGUCAAACCACCAACAUGUCGAGUGUCUCCUACCACAUCUCCAACCUGUUGGAGAAAAUGACAUCUACUGACAAAGACUUCAGGUUUAUGGCCACCAAUGACCUGAUGCUGGAGCUGCAGAAGGACAGCAUUAAACUGGACGAGGACAGCGAGAGGAAAGUGGUGACCAUGCUGCUCAAACUGCUGGAGGACAAGAACGGAGAGGUGCAGAACCUGGCCGUGAAAUGUCUGGCCCCUCUGGUGAGUAAAGUGAAGGAGCCCCAGGUGGAGACAAUGGUGGACACGCUGUGCUCGAACAUGACGUCCGACAAAGAGCAGCUGAGAGACAUUUCCAGCAUGGGACUGAAGACUGUGAUUGCUGAGCUGCCGCUGUCUUCGUCAGGUUUGACUCUGACAGCCAGUGUGUGUAAGAAGAUUACCUCCCAGCUGAUUGGUGCGAUGGGAAAACAAGACGAUGUGUCAGUUCAGUUAGAGGCCUUGGACAUCCUGUCGGACAUGCUGGGAAGACUGAGCGGUGCACUGGUUAGUUUUCAUAGCUCCCUGCUCUUCAGCCUGCUGCCUCAGCUAACGAGCCCCAGAAUGGCGGUCAGGAAGCGCUCCAUCUUGGCUCUGGGUCACCUGGUGCCCUGUUGUAGCCCCGCCCUCUUCUCCCAGCUGACUGAACACCUGCUGACGGAGCUGGCCAAGGGCCCGCCCACUUUAAACACGAGGACAUACAUCCAGUGCCUGGCAACCGUGAGCCGGCAGGGCGGCCAUCGAGUUGGUGAGCACUUGGAGAAGCUGAUUCCCAUGGUGGUGAAGUUCACUGGUGUGGAGGACGAUGAGCUCAGAGAGUAUUGUUUCCAGGCCUUUGAAGCCUUUAUACGCAGAUGUCCAAAGGAGAUGUCGCCUCACGUUGCCACGGUGACCCAGCUUUGUCUUAAGUUCAUGACCUUUGACCCUAACUACAACUACGAUGACAACGAGGAAGAAGAAGACAGCAUGGACAUAGAGGACGGACUUGAUGAAGAAUCAGACGACGAGUACAGCGACGACGACGACAUGAGCUGGAAGGUACGUCGCUCCUCCAUCAAGUGUCUGGAGGCAUUGAUAAGUACCCGCCGGGACCUUCUCCUCUCCUUCUACGCCACCAUCUGCCCCGCCCUGCUCACCCGCUUCAAGGAGCGCGAGGAGAACGUGAGGGCCGACGUCUUUGCAGCUUUUUCAACGCUGCUGAGACAAACUCGCGUGGGAUCGAGCCAGCAUGGCCUCAUCAUGGCCGGUUCAGACGCCGGGACGUGCAGGGAGGAGGAGCCGGCAGUCGCCCUGCUAAAGAAACAGGUGCCGAUGAUCGUGAAGGUGCUCCACAGGCAGCUGAAGGAGAAGAGCAUUAAAUCUCGACAGGGCUGCUUCUGUCUCCUAACUGAGCUGGCUAACACUGUACCUGGAGCCCUGGAGGAGCACAUACCUGCUCUAAUACCUGGCAUCGUCUUCUCCCUGACAGACAAGUCCACUUCCUCCACUAUGAGGAUCGAUGCUCUCACCUUCUUCCACGUCCUCCUCCUCUCCCACCCUCCUCAAGCCUUUCAGCCGCACAUGCAGGUGCUGCUGCCUCCUGUGGUGGCGUGUGUUGAAGAUACUUUCUAUAAGAUCACCUCAGAGGCUCUGCUGGUCACCCAGCAGCUGGUCAGAGUGAUGAGGCCGCAGGGAAAAACCGUCACAGCCGGAGGAUUCGACCCCAAACCGUUCGUCAAGGAGGUGUUUUCAGUAACAAUGAAGAGGCUGAAAGCGACAGACAUUGACCAGGAGGUGAAGGAGAGGGCUAUUUCCUGUAUGGGUCACAUGGUGUGUCACCUUGGUGACCACCUGGGGGCGGAGCUGCAGGGUGUUUUGGCGAUCUUUCUGGAGAGGUUAAAGAAUGAGAUCACAAGACUGACAGCAGUCCGGACCAUCACCCUCAUAUCUGCUUCUACAUUAAAGAUUGACCUGUCAUCCAUCCUGCCAGAAGCUUUGUCUGUGUUGGGAUCUUUUUUGCGGAAGAACCAGCGGGCUCUGAAGCUCGGCACACUCGCGUGUCUGACUGCGCUGGUCACCCAUCACGCCGCCAGCAUCAAACCAGCAGCCCUGGAACCCGUUUUGAGUGAGCUACCUGCUCUGGUGGAUGAAGGUGACAUGCAUGUAUCACAGGUGUCCGUCACACUGCUGACCUGCAUGGCCAAAGCCUGCCCCUCCUCUCUGGCUAAGAUCUGCUCUUCUGUGCUGCCGGGUAUCUUCCGACUUGUACAUUCUCCACUGCUGCAGGGCGGCGCUUUGGUCGCCAUCCUGGACUUCCUACAGGCGCUGGUGCUGUCCAAAACCAGUAAUCUGGGCUAUAGUCAGUUGCUGAAGUCUCUCACGGAGCCGUUUCACAGCCCUCAGUCAUCUGCAGAUGGCGGCGUCAUCCACAGACAGUCCUACCACUCUGUCGCUCGCUGUGUGGCUGCUCUGUCCUCUGCUUCCCCCAAAGAGACUCCGGCCACGGUGGCCGGCCUCAUCCAGGAGGUGUGUGACAGUGCUUUUCAGAACUUCUGUGGAGGAUAUGAUCUGUUGGGAGUUGGGGUGGUCUAUUUCCAUAUGAGAAUCUUAAGCUUUUCCUGCAUUCAUGGAGAUCCUAAAACAUGUGUGCUGAUUGCUGUUUUGUGGUUUAAGGUGAAGACGGCAGCCUCCUGCGCUUUAGGCAGCAUGGCGGUCGGCAGCCUGAACGACUACCUGCCCUUCCUGCUGAAGGAGAUCUCAGCCCAGCCGCGGAGACAGUACCUGCUCCUGCACUCCCUCAAAGAAGUCAUCAGUGCCUGUCCAGCCUCUAGUCUGUCGCCCCACGUGGAGUCUAUCUGGGCCUUGCUGUUCCAGAAUUGCGAGUGUCAGGAGGAAGGGACCAGGAACCUGGUGGCUGAAUGUUUGGGAAAACUGACCUUAGUCAACCCUGCACAGCUUCUGCCCAGACUGAAACAACAACUCAAAGCUGGUAUGAUGGGUCAGGAGGGAAGAGUUUGUGUUUCUUUUUUAAAUGUACAUGUUAGUUUUAGCCCCUCAUUGGGUGCUGGACAGUGUAUACCCUCUGAACCCCAAACCUCCCUGCCGGCUGCCAGAUGGGAGCUCAGGGACCGUCAACAAAUCACCACGGUGAACGGAAAUGCCAUCUGUUCAUAA